AGGAUUUACGGUGAGUACAUAAGUGUGUCGGUCUACAUAAGGUACUAAGGCAGUUAUAACCGCUGGUCUAGCGUACCGUGGACGACAAAAUUUUACGCCAUUCCAGUCGUCCUGGUCCUCUUGGUCGGUCCUCUUCAAGUCUUCAAGUCCACUUCCACCUAUUCGUCAGCCUUCCAGUCGGCCUUGUCGUCCGCCUUCCAGUGACCCUUCCAGCCGGCCUAGCCUCCAGUGCAGAAAGUUAACCUUGGAGUGUAUUGUAAAAUGUUUUGUAGCAUGGGCCAGGGUCUUUCCUUCUGUUUGUUUUAGAUCAAAAGAUCGUUCAAAAUGAGUUAUAGCGAGGAUCAAGAGGAUGAAAGAGAAGUUCUGCGUUCUAUUUACGAAGCGGAUGAAAGGUUCAAAGAGGUCAACGCCACGACCUUUCAAUACAAGUUCGGCGAAGACGGCCAUUACAAAUCAUUCUUACUGGAAAUCUCCUGGCCCCCAAAUUAUCCAACUUCGCUUCCAGUUAUUAAUUUAGAUGCAUUUUACAACAAGCACAUCAACUCUAAAGUGAAAGAAAGCAUCCGACUCCGGGUAGUAGAACAAUGUGAAAUGUGUCUUGGCACUGCUAUGACUUAUUCAAUAUUUGACUGGGCCAAGGAACACGAGGAAGAGCUUAUGCAAGAUCAACAGGCGCAAGAGAUUAAAGAGGAACAAAUACCUGACCAAGAAGUAAAUUCUCAGCAAAAGAAGAAAGAGAAAAAGGAAAUAUUGACAAAAAACCAAAAGCGACGACUUGCGGAAAGAACAAACUACAAAGGAGAAAGAGAAAGAGGCUGGAACUGGGUAGAUGUAGUGAAACAUUUAAGUAGAACAGGUGUCAAAGAUUCCUGAGAAGACAAUUUCACUUCACUAUGUUGUGAAGCAAAUAAACUUACGUCAAAGUAAGUAAGCAACAAGUUUUAAGAGGGUGACACAACAGAAUCCUUGAUGAACAAGUGUCCCUCUACACUAGUAGUUCACUGCUUAAAAUACAUCUAAAAACGAAAAUUCUAAAAUAUGACAAAGAAAAAAAGAUGUGUACAUGAAUUGAAUUUCUAGUUAAAAACAUGCACAGUCAUAAGCUAAGAAUUCCUAAGCUUAAAAUAUUUUUUAAGAGCAGAGUUAUCGUUGAAAGAGCAAAUGGUGCUCUUCUUGCACAAAUUCAAAGGAGCGUUCCAGAGUUUGACUUCAAGAACUUGAAUAGACUAUAGUCCGUGAGCCAGUAGGGCUGGUUGGUAUCAUCUGGGGUGAAUAAAGUUUAUGGUGGUUUUCUAGUAGAUUAGACCAUAAAUAGUAGGGAAAAGCACGAUAGCAAUGAUUCUAUGGUAGCUAGUGGAUAACAGUGCUCUUUAAAGUGUGGCUCAGGCAUGGGAACGAGGCUGAAGCUUGUUUUGUGCUUAGUAGCUUCAGAUGUCCACCAAAAUGAACAGAGCACAUACACAACAGUACCAUUGUUUCACACAUAC